CCUGCUGCUACCAGUGCCCCACCUAAAAUCAACUGGGGUAUGAUCAGGGCAGAGGCAGCUAAAUUUGAAGACGAGAAAUUCAAAGAUUUGCCAGAAUUAAAGAAGAAUUUUUAUUUUGAGGAUGUGGAAGUAGCCAAUAUGUACCCUGAAGAUAUUAAACGUAUUAGGCGUGAAAAUAAUAAUAUAAUAGUAGAUGGACCAGACCGUGUACCAAACCCUGUAGAAACUUUCCAACAAGCUUUUCAACAUUAUCCUGAUAUAUUGGCCCAGAUAGAAAGACUAGGAUUUGUAAAACCCUCACCAAUACAGAGUCAAGCUUGGCCGAUAUUACUACAAGGGUUAGAUUUAAUAGGUAUAGCUCAAACGGGUACUGGUAAAACACUGGCUUUCUUACUACCAGCCAUGUUACAUAUUGACGGUCAACCCUUACCGAGAGAUGAACGAGGGGGACCGAAUGUAUUAAUCAUGGCCCCCACCAGAGAGUUAGCUCUACAGAUCGAAACAGAAGUCAAGAAAAUCAACUACAGAGACAUCAAAAGUGUGUGUGUUUACGGUGGAGGAAAUAGACGAGAACAGAUUGGUUCUGUAACUAAAGGAGUAGAAAUUAUCGUGGCUACACCCGGACGACUUAAUGAUUUAAUUAUGAAUGAAGUUAUUGAUGUCAGAAGUGUAACUUAUGUUGUAUUAGAUGAAGCUGAUCGUAUGUUAGAUAUGGGAUUUGAACCAGAAAUCAGGAAGAUAUUGAUAGAUAUCAGACGAGAUAGACAAACAGUUAUGACUAGUGCUACCUGGCCUACUAAUGUACAACGUCUAGCUGAGAUGUAUAUGAAAGAUCCUUAUCAAGUGUUUGUUGGAACUUUAGAUUUAGCUAUUGUAAAACUCUGUCUAUCUGAUGUUAUUUUUCAGGCUUGUCACAGUGUAACACAGUGUGUAGAGUUGGUGGAACCAGAAGAAAAAAAAGAUAUGUUAGUAGAUUUUAUAAAUUCAUUGGGACCAAAAGAUAAAGCCAUAGUUUUUGUGGGUAAAAAAGUCAUGGCAGAUGAUCUAUCUAGUGAUAUGGCUAUGAAUGGUUUAGAAGUGGAAUGUAUCCAUGGUGAUAGAGAACAAUGUGAUAGAGAACAAGCUUUAAAAGAUUUUAAAAAUUCUGUAGUUCGUAUUUUGAUAGCCACAGACGUAGCGUCUAGAGGACUGGAUGUUCCUGACAUAACUUAUGUGUUUAACUAUGACUUCCCGAGAAAUAUUGAAGAGUAUGUACAUCGUAUUGGACGUACUGGACGGGCAGGGUAG